AUGGGUCAGACCGCAUCAAGCCCACAGGACAAUAAAGAGUCAAAAUCACAUCCGCAGUUUAAGACUAGAGAUGAAAUAUUGCAAUACUUUAACACACGGGUGGUUAAGCUGUUUACAGUCACUGAGAUUGCUGCAUUUAAGAAAAGGUUUAAUGCUAUAGAUCUGAACGAACCUAUCGAUGACACACUCAUAAAGGAAGCCCUUUAUUUGGACGCUCAGCCUAAUGUGUGGUCUGCGGUUUCAGAGACUAUACGGUUGUUACAAAACUUUCCUUUGUUUCACCAACCAAUCGCAGAUAGUAUCACUGGAUUUGGUUUACUAAAAGUAAUAGCAAUUAUAAACGUCAAGAGAUUUGAGAAGCUUGUUAAUACAACAAUAACUAGGUAUGAUAUAACAGUCACACUGGGACUAUGUGGUCAAGCAAAGGAAUCAGAGAACAAGAUAAAGUCUACAAAUUUGGGUGAUAUUUUGAAGACAUAUGAUCAUAUUGAAAUUGAAAGUAUUCAUAUACCCUAUGAUAAGUUAAUACUCUUGGUUGCAUGGUUGUUGACUUUGGUUACAGGUGUCGCAACCACUAAUUGUAAAGUAGAGUUGUCGGAUACUAUAGCUAAUUGGAAUAAUUUUAAAAGCUCAGCUAUAAGCAUCGCUAAUACAAUAAGCACCUCGGCACUUGGAAAUGCUAAUGAUAUCGGCAUUCCAGCAACAGAUAUAUUGAACGCUUUCAACACCAUUAUGAUAUCCCUUGUACCGUACAUGUCAAAUCUCUUUGAGCAUUUAUUAUUUGGCGUAGACGAUUUAAUUGAUCAUGUAAACGAUUUAGCCAACCUAAGCCAUCAGGAUGUCCUGACACCAUCAUUAUACGCACAGGUUAUUAUUGGUUUACCUAAUUCCAUUACUAUUACUAAACUACAGAAAUUGUACGUUGGAAAAGAAAGUGGGUUCUCAAUGAGAUCAUUACAGUCCAAAGUUUUUCGAUGGAAGGCACCAACUCUUAUGAUUGUAAGUGGUACUAGAAUAUCGGAUGAUGAAUCUUACGCAGAUAGUAAGAAUCCAAGAUAUAGAUCGUUUUUAUAUUCAUUCCCUAAACUAAGAGAAAAUGAUCAGAACCUGGAUGCGAUACAUUUGACAAAGAAGAAAGUUACGUAUGCUGUCUACAUUGAUGAACCUUGGAAGGUUUCAAAUAAAGAAAAAUUCGGAGCAACGAAUAUGACAAUUAUGGAAUUAACACCACAACAAAAAACAUAUCAAUCGUGUAUGGAAAGAACUAUGUAUUUCAAUACAAUAGGUGGAGGUAUCGGGGUUGGAAGUGAGCAACCUAUUGUCAAGCAAAAUGAUAUUAAAUUUAUUCCUGGAAACAUAUCGUUGACAAUGGAUAGCAGUUUAGAGUUCGGUGUAUUUAGACAUGUAGGUGCUGGUGGAGGCUUUAAGACUAGCUUGCUGGACAAUGAUGAUAGUAAAAGCUUUGAAAUACGUUUUAUAAUACAAAAUGUUGAGGUGUGGGGUUGUGGGGGAGAAAAAGAAUUAGCCGAACAACUGAAACAACUAGAAUGGGAGGAAGCAGAAGCAAAACGUAGACAAACCAUAAACCUGCAAAGCCUUAGUGAAGAUAAAGCACUUUUGGAAAUGGUUGGUCUUGUCGGUCAGCAUCAAAGUGGUGGCUCAGUCUGA